AUGGCGAAAGACACCGUGUUCGAAGGCGUCUUCGCCAUCAACAAGCCGUACGGCAUGAGCUCUGCGCAAGUUAUUCGAGAUGCUCAGUCCGCAUUCAACCCCUCGGCCAUGUUCAAGCCGUUGAUUGACAGGGACCUCGCCGCUAAGAACGCCGAGCCCCGACAAGAAUGGAAGCGUCGCCGACAGGUCAAGAAGGACACUCGCGUGAAGAUGGGACACGGCGGAACGCUCGAUCCGAUGGCCACCGGUGUGCUCAUUCUGGGCGUCGGUUCGGGAACCAAGUCGCUCGGCUCCUUCCUCGAUUGCACCAAGACGUACGAGACCGUAGUGGUUUUUGGCACUAGCACGGACACCUAUGACCGCGUGGGUAGGAUAUUGAGCAGACGACCCUACGAUCACAUCACGAAGGAGCAGGUCGAGAAGGCGCUGGACAGUUUCAGGGGCAAGUUCGAGCAGAUUCCGCCGCUGUACUCUGCGCUCAAGAUGGAAGGCAAGCCACUGUAUGAGUACGCCCGCGAGGGUAAGGCCAUCCCGAGGGAAAUUGCCGGUCGCGAAGUCGAGGUCACCGAUCUCGAGAUGGUCGAGUGGUACGAGCCUGGUUCGCACAACUUUAGAUGGCCUACGGAGGAGGCCGAGACUGCGGAGAAGAACCUGGCCGAGCAGGUCUGGCGGGUCAAGAAGCAGCAAGACGCCAAUGGCGGCAGGAAACUGUCCCCAGCCGAGGAGAAGGAAGAGGAAAAGGCCAUCUCGGAGCACGAAUCUUUUAAGAAGAAGUUUGAGGAGCGGCAGGACGAUCUCAUCCGCGACAAGCCCCCCAAGAAGCAGCGCCCACCCAAGAACAACGCCCUCAUGUCUGGUGCACUCGGACAAUUGCCCCCUGGCAAGGGUUCCAACCUCAUUCCUCCUCCCCCUUCUGAGGACGAACCCUUCCCGUGGACUGAUAAGGGACCGCCAGCUGCCAAGAUUCGCAUGACUGUCACCUCUGGCUUCUACGUGCGCAGUUUCUGCCACGACUUGGGAGCAAAGGUCGAUUCUGCCGGCAUCAUGGCUGAGCUGGAACGCUCGAGACAAGGCGACUUUGAGGUCCGUACCGCCAAUUGCUUGGAAUACAGCGAUUUGGAGAAGGGCGAGGAAGCCUGGGGCUCAAAGGUGUCGGAGAUGCUUUCGUCUUGGAUGCAGAAGUAUCCCAACGGUGCACCGCAGUCGGAGAAGCAGCGCAACCAGAGCCAAGCCAGCCAGCAGAACAACGGUCGCAACAAGCUGCAGAAGAAGCGCAAGUGGGAGGAGAACAGGAAGAACGACGAUAGCGACAGAUAUGUCAAGAAGAGGAGAAAUUCCAGUUCAGACGAGGGUGAGAAGCCCGCCAAGGCACCAAAGAUUGAAGAAGCAAAGACCGAGGAGCCCAAGAAGUCUCCCAAGGGAUCGCCCAAGGGAUCGCCCGGGGCGUCACCGAAGGCGUCUCCAAAGGCAAAGACGCCCUCUAAAACUGAAGAGGCAGAAUGGGAGGGCAUCAAAGACUGA